CAGCAGGUCUCUGCCAUGGGUGAGAGGGGAAUAAACAACCAUUCAGAAGUGAAUGAAUUCAUUCUUGUAGGCUUCCGGGUCCGCCCAGAGCUCCAAAUCCUCCUUUUCUUCAUAUUUCUGCUUACCUAUAGCAUGGUCCUUCUGGGGAACAUUGGUAUGAUUGUCCUCAUCCUGACUGCUUUCCGCUUAAACACACCAAUGUAUUUCUUCCUAGGCAAUCUCUCUUUUAUUGAUCUUUCCUACUCCUCUGUUGUGGCACCCAAAGCCAUAGCCAACUUCCUAUCUGAGAGUAAGACCAUCUCCUUUGCAGGUUGUGUGACCCAGCUCUUCUUCUUUGCUCUCUUUAUUGUGACUGAGGGCUUUCUCUUAGCAGCCAUGGCCUAUGACCGCUUCAUAGCCAUCUGCUCCCCGCUUCUGUAUUCUGCCCGUAUGUCAAGAUACCUCUGCAUCCAACUGGUGGCAGGAUCCUACUUUUGUGGCUGUAUCACUGCCAUCCUUCAAGCCAGCAUUACCUUUACUAUGUCCUUCUGUGCAUCUAAUGUUAUUGACUUUUUUUACUGUGAUGCCCAUCCAAUACGGAAGAUCUCAUGUUCUAACAUCUUUAUUAACAAGGUAGUGUCAUAUUCCUUGGCUGGGGUCAUUAUUUUGCCCACCAUCAUAGUCAUCAUGGUGUCAUACAUCUAUAUCAUAUCUACUAUUCUGAAGAUCCAUUCCAGUGAAGGACAAAUGAAAGCAUUCUCCACCUGUAGGUCCCAUCUGAUUGUCAUGAGUUUGCUCUAUGGGACUGUCUCUUUUAUGUACCUCACACCUGCCAGUAACCCAGAGCUGGGUAAAGUGGUCUCUCUGUGUUACACCCUUGUCAUUCCCAUGUUGAACCCUUUGAUUUACUCCCUAAGAAACAAGGAAGUCAAAGAAGCUCUGAAAAAUAUGUUAUGGGGGAAAAAAGCUUUUCUCUAA